AAGAGUACUGUAAAAGGCACUAAAAGAAUUCUAAGAGUUAGGAUUAUAUAUAGAAAAUGGAUUCAGAUGAUGAAACAAAUGAUUAUAUGUCGGAUAAUAACACAGAUGAUGAUGGAGAAUACAAAGGUGAUGUGAGUAAGUUAAUCUCGAAAAUUAUUGGCACGAAAAGUACUAAUUAUGAUCGGACAAAGAAUGUAGUGGGAAUUAUAAGAGAGUCUAGUAGUGUUGAACAUUCUGAAUUAAAUGGUAAGAUUUGGAACAAUGAUAUAGAUCAAUUAAAUAUAAGGGAAGCAGUGAGUACGAUAGUAUCAAAUUUAUCUAGAUCUCCUGAAACUUCGGAUGCACUUAAGCAAAUUAGUACACUUAAAGAAAAAAGUAAAUACAAAAUUAUGGAGCUUCUAGCUCCUUCGAAGCAAUCUGAGAUAGAAAGGAAGACUCAGUACCAAUUAGUAUCAAAGAAUAUGAAACGCUGGGGUCCUGUAAUUGAGAGGCUCAACAAGCAAGAGAUACAGGUAUUUGGGAAACAAGUGAAAAUUGAAGAUAACUCUAUAUCUCAACUUUCAACUAAAUACACACCCAUGGAUGAAUUUGAGAAGGAGUUUGAGGAAGUCUUAAGCAGUAGUAUUAAUGACAGUACUUCGUCUGAAAAUUUGGACAUUAAUAACAAAAGGAAAAAAGAUAAUAGAAAAUUAAGUGAUUUGAUUGAACCGUGUGACAAGAUGAAAACUCAAGCAGAGAGAAACUUCUUAAAAAGGCUGAAAUUUUUGUUGUUUCAACAACAAAAAGAAAAUAAGCGUCUAAAAAAGAUUAAAUCUAAGACUUGGAGGAAGGCACAUAGGAGACAACAGGAGAUUGAAGAAGAAAAAUUAUUGAGUUUGGGAGAGUUGGAAUACCCUGAACUAGUAAAACAAAUCAAGGCGAGAUAUGAAGAAAAGAGAGCGAAAUUAAGAUUAUUAAGAAGGCAAGCAGCUCGCCAGAAGUGGGCUAAGACCGCAACCAGAUUUGGGGGUAGGGAUAUGCAAAAGAAUAUUGCAAAUCAAGCUCAAUUAGAACACGAUGAAAAACACAGAAUUGAGCAGAUAAUAAAUAGUGGAGUUAAUUAUGGUGAUAAUAGUGAAGAUAAUAAUAGUGACUUGGAAAUCAAUGAAAUUUUAGACUCAUAUUCACAUGAAAAAGAUGAUGACAAAUUUAUAAGUAAAACUAAACACUUUGUUGAGGAGUCCAAGAAGAAUAUAGUACAGCUAAAAUCUAUAUCUGAAAAUUGCCUAGACUUGAAGUUUAUUCGUAAAGGUCUAGAAUCUAAAUUUAAUGAUUUAAUUAAUCAAUCUAAUACUCUAGAAAAUGAGCUUGAAGGAUAUAAUAGUCUAUUUAUCAAUGAAGAUGUAGACAAGAUUCCAUUGUUAAAGGAGCCUAGCAAACCUAGUGCUCAAGAAAUCAUUGAAGCUCAGGCUCGCCUAGCUAAAAUACUGGAUAAUUCUAGUGGCUUUAACUUAGACAUGCAAAGUACAGAAGACUACUGUACAGAACCUGUCUCUUCUAUUGAUAUCUCCCCUUAUCCAACUGUAAAGUGUAUUAAUACUAGUACCUCAAACUGCAGCAACAGUAAACAGAAGGAAAAGUGUACUGGAUCACUUGAUAUUCAGGAGGAGUUACAAAGAAUGGUAAUAGUAGACCAAGCUGAGCUUUUGAAUGACAAUUCUGAAGUAAUGAAGCAAAUAUUUAUAUAUGGAAAUUAUUCAGAAGUAGAUGAACGAAAAGACUCGACUGAAGAACUAGUCAAACCUAACCAAAAAAGUAGUGGUAAAACUGAUAGUAAGUCAGAUACUUCUAAAGUUCCAGGUUGGGGUGAUUGGUGUUGUUCAGUUAAUACAUUAAACAACUUUAAAAAUGCAGAGGGUUUUACUGACAUAUCCAUGGUCACUGAUGUAACUUCUAAUACCUUAUCUUCAAAAAAACCCUUGAUUAGCAUUAAUAACUCUGUGGAUAGGAAAAUUGCUAAGUACUAUGUACAAGAAACUCCUCAUCCUUAUAAAUCAGCUGAACUAUAUGAAAGCACAUUGAAAUAUCCAAUUGGCCCUGAAUGGAAUACUACAGCAAUACAUAACAGAUUAAUACAACCAAAGAUACAGAGCAGAAUAGGAGCAGUUAUUAAACCACUGGUAUAUUCAAAACAACUGAAAAAUAUCCCUAUAUCUGACUCAUUUUUAAAGAAGUGGAGCAAUCUAAAAAAGUGCAAUAGAACUAAGGCAAGAUUUUAAUAUCCAGGGAUACGUGUAUUCCUCAAUGAAGUUUAAUCAUUAACAGACUUUAUAUACUAACCAAACCCAUCCCAAUUUAUUGAAUAAACUACAUCAGAUAUAAAUUCAAUAUAUCCCUUAAUAUACUUAAUUCAAAUAUAAAAUUUCAGCUUUUCAUUUUAUAUUUGUAUUUAGAGGUUAAUAUAUAUACUAUUGUAUAUAUAUAACAUUAAAUAGCUUUUUUUUUAUUUGAUUAUGUACUUCAUAUUUUGUAUAAUU